UUACGAGACCACGUGCCCUACAACUGUGGUGACUCUCGACGAGAGUGCGGUGUGGAGGCCACUAGUGGAGGGGUUGAGAGAUCACUCUGGCCGCUCUCAAUCUUGUUCCGACGCACGGCUCGCUCAUUGCGCUCAUCCAGUCCCACCACUCGCCCCGCCGUCUCGCUUCCCCUCGCCUCCGCUUCGUCACGAUCCGCGUGGCGCGUGUCCGAUCGGUCUCACCCCUCUCCCCAAGGCACCUCCACAAGGCUUCCACGAGGUGCUGGCCACCGCCCCUCCACUGGCCACCGCCCCUCCACUGGCGAGUCCGGAAGGCGGAAGGACCAUCGUGUGUCGCCCCAAGUCCCCUGCGCACUGCCCUCGCCCCCCGCGCACUGCCCCCACGCACCCACCAGAACGGCGCAUGGCGUCGUUGGAGCUGGAGGCGUUCCCCGGGCGCAAGCUGGACCUGCUGCUCUUCCACGAGGUCACCAAUAGCGCGCACCUGCUGACUCGCCUGCAGAGCGGCACGCUGGAGCCUGAAGUGGCUCUCCUGAAUGCGAGGCUGGUUCCCGGAACCUUCCCUGUGCUUGUGGCAGCACACAAGGCGCUGACGUCAGCGUCCAUGGGGUCCCUAAAGUCCCGCACGCUUCACUCGGAGCUGGUCUACAACUACGCUGCAUCGAAACAUAUCCGCGAGUCCCUGCAGCGGUGUGGCGUGGCGGCCGGCACGUCUGCUGUAUUGGCAGCCAAGUUUGAUGCGACAGAGGGGGAGCUCGCGGCCAUAAGGGCUCUCGUGAAGGGCACAGAAAUCGACAUUGCGUCGCUAUCGACGUCAGCCUCCCAUGCUGACAUCAUCAAGCACUUCAAGAUCGCGGCCCCUGAGAUGGCCGUGUGGCGGCUUGAAGAUGCGAUAGUGGCCAGAAUAGGGGUCAGGGACAGCUGGUGAUGCUGCUGGGCCGGGUGAUGCUGCUGGGCCAGGUGGUGCUGCUGGGCCGGGUGAUGCUGCUGGGGCGGGUGGUGCUGCUGGGGUGGGUGAUGCUGCUGGGGCGGGUGGUGCUGCUGGGGUGGGUGAUGCUGCUGGGGCGGGUGGUGCUGCUGGGGUGGGUGGUGCUGCGGGGGCGGGUGGUGCUGCUGCAGAGGGGGAUAGGGAACUGAUGAUAUGGCGGGUGAUGGGGCACAGGGGUUGGCUGGUGGCUCAUGCUGGCGAUGGUGGCAGCUGGUGAUGGUGGCAGCUGGUGAUGGUGGCAGCUGGUGAUGGUGGCAGCUGGUGAUGGUGGCAGCUGCUGAUGGUGGCAGCUGGCGAUGGUGGCAGCUAGCGAUGGUGGCAAGGGCAACUGGCGGUGGGGAGGAGCAUGGGUGCUGGCGAUGCGCGGCCAGGGAUGUGUGUGAGGCUGCAGUGGAGCGAACGACACAACAGCAAUGCGCAGGGGAGCAGAUGGUGACAGACAGCACGGACUGGGAAAUGGAGGCAGCUAUGGGAGUGGUGCAGGGAGGAGCGUCUUCCCUCACUGUUGCAGAGGCACGCCCUAUCUGCAUUCAUCUGCACGACAGGGGAGAGCUGCACCCAGGCGUCGUGUGCAGCACGAGCGCAGUGUUCGAUUGCUGACUGAGGUAGUAUGACCGCGCGCCACUACAAGCUUGCACACUCCGUGCAUGUGUGCUUGACGACCCGUGCAUGGAGGGGCACGUACCGGUAUAUCGGGGGGUUCAUGGUUGUACCGGUAAAAGAGUACACUGCCGAAAGCAAUGGGGUUUGUCACUGGCUUGAAGGCUUAGCUUGUGUGGAAUGCAGUGUGUGUGAUUCAAUCAUUGGGGUUAGCUCUAGGGCUCCAUCCGGAGGGCCUGAGAUUGAUUGAUGCACUUGAGUUGUACAAACGUGCAAGCACCA